CAUAUACAGUACAGUAGCCACUCUUUGUUUCUUUGUCUGUUUGUUAGUUAUCCCCAAUUUACACUUUCUUCAUUCAAUGCUAACCAUCUUCAGCUUCAGAACCAGCAGGAGCAGCCGCAUCCCACCAUGUCAGACCACCUCUCCGAUUUCCUCCAAAUUCGCAUCAAUGCCUACCACACUUUCUUCCUCUCCCAGACAAUUCUGCGCAACUAUUCGCGGAAGUUGGGGAGGAUAAUCGAGCAGGAAAAUCAGAUCACGAAAUCCGGACUCGAAAUUGGGGAUUUUCCCGGCGGUCCAUACGGAUUCGAAUUGGUCUCAAGAUUCUGCUACGCCGGCGGUAGGAUUCCGAUCACCGUCGCCAAUGUCUCCCUCCUCUACUGCUCCGCCGUGUUCCUCGAAAUGACGGAGGAGGCUUCGAAGGUCAAUUUGCUCCACCAGACUGAGGUUUUUCUCGAAGGGAUUUUCUACUGGACUUGGGAUGAAAUCCUCGCCUGUCUCAAGAACUGUGAGCCUUUCUUCUCCUCCGCCGAAUCCUCUGGAUUGAUCGAGAAGCUUCUCUGCUCUCUUCUCGCGAAGAUUGCGCAGAAAUCUGACGUCAAUUUCCUCUCCAAUUCGCCGUGUUCUUCGUCUUCAUCGCCAGACACUGGCCGGAGUUCAAGCCCACCAAGUGUUCGACGAAAGUCCUCUUCAAGAAAAGCCUUGUGUUGGUGGUUCCAAGACCUCACAAUUCUAAGCCCCAAAACCAUCGAACAUUUCCUCAAAUCGAUGGGUGCAUUCUUAGCAGAUAACAACAAUUUAGUCCUCACAAGAUUCCUCCUACAUUACCUCAAAACCGCCCUCCAAUCCUCUGGCGGCAGCCGCGGCGUUGAAUUCGCUGGACUGGUGGAUACCGCGGCUCACGGCGUCGUUUCGAUUGGGAAGGCUGCAUUUUCUUGCAGAUUCCUUUUUUGGGUAUUAAGGAUCGUCUCAAGUUUCGGGGUGGGCCGAGAUCGAAAGGCUGCAUUGGAACAGUUGAUCGGCGGGAUGCUCGAUCACGCGACACUCGACGAUCUUUUGGUGCCGUCGUCGUCGUCAUCGAGCAAUGGCGGCGGCGUGUACGAUGUGAGCCUUGUAAUAAGAUUGAUCAGGCUGUUUGUUCAUCACAACGACGAGAUGUCGUUGGCAAAGAUGAAGAAAGUCGGGAGGCUGAUCGAUAUGUAUUUAGGGGAGAUCGCGCCCGAUCCCAAUCUGAAAAUAUCGAAACUUGUCGGCGUCGCUGAGAGCCUGCCGGAUUGUGCGAGGGAUUCGUUCGAUCAUGUCUAUAGAGCAAUCGACAUCUAUCUUGAGUCGCAUCCGGGGCUUUCAUUAGAGGAGAGAUCCCGGCUCUGUCGCUGUCUGAAUUAUGCAAAGUUAAGCCUGGAAGCCUGCAAGGAUCUGGCGAAAAACCCGAGAAUCCCUCCGAGAAUCACUGUCCAAGCGCUGGCGACUCAGCACGCCAGCCUGGACUCCCCGAACAACGACAGAUGCAGCAGCAGUAACUCGCCGCGCGACUACCAGCUGGUGCUGUACGAGCGCGACGGCGAUGACGACGACGAUAAUGACGAGGGAUUGCCAGAGGGUAAGGAGGAGAUGAAAUUGAACUUGGAGAGGAUGCAAUGGCGGGUGGUCGAGCUCGAAAAAGUGUGCCGGGAAAUGAAGGGGCAGAUGGCGAGAAUGGUGAAGCUCGCCCCGCAUCAGCACGGCCGGGCGCUGCCGCGGCUGUGCUGACGACGAUCGGCGGGAUGCGAUCUGGGUUUGGGUGUUUCGGGUUUUUUUUUUUUUUUUAAUAAAGAAAGAGUUUGUUAUAAUAUCCUUGUAUAGAUCAUAGGUUGUUUUUUUGUUGUUAUUCUUGUUUGUUAUAGAAUUACAAAUUGUGUGUUUUUUAUCACUGCUUGUGAUGUAAAAAUUGUUCGUUUUGUGGUAAUUUUCGUUGUUGUACAGUAGAUUUGGGUUAUGUUUUUAUUUCGAAGAUAUGUGUCUUUUUUCUCAAUGAGAUUAGUCCCAUUUUUAUUCA